GCGAGCACUGCGCGCCGGCGGCUGUGACGGGGCAGAGCGCACGACGCCGCCACCGCCUACGCGCGAGCCGCUACAACCUCCGACCGUCGUCGCCGCCGGCACAGGAGGGGGGCCAAGACGUCUCUCCAACGCGGGGCGAGCGCAGGACCGCGCCAGGCGUCCAAAAGAAGGAAGAUGCCUCGCGGCGACCGGGAAAGCGACUGGAGGGAAAAGGAGCAGUUCCGCAAACUGUUCAUUGGCGGCUUAAGCUUUGAAACCACAGAAGAAAGCUUGAGGAGUUACUAUGAGCAAUGGGGAAAGCUUACAGACUGUGUGGUAAUGAGGGAUCCUGCAAGCAAGAGAUCAAGGGGGUUUGGCUUUGUAACAUUCUCUUCCAUGGCUGAAGUUGAUGCAGCUAUGGCUGCAAGACCUCACACGAUUGAUGGAAGGGUGGUUGAGCCUAAGAGAGCUGUGGCUAGAGAGGAAUCUGGAAAACCUGGUGCUCAUGUUACUGUGAAAAAAUUAUUUGUUGGUGGUAUUAAAGAGGACACUGAAGAGCACCACCUUCGUGACUACUUUGAGGAGUAUGGGAAAAUCGACACUAUUGAAAUCAUUACUGACAGACAGUCUGGUAAAAAGAGAGGGUUUGGAUUUGUUACAUUUGAUGACCAUGAUCCUGUGGAUAAAAUUGUAUUGCAGAAAUACCACACCAUCAAUGGACAUAAUGCAGAAGUAAGGAAAGCUCUCUCUAGACAGGAAAUGCAGGAGGUUCAAAAUUCUAGGAGUGGGAGAGGAGGAAACUUCGGUUUUGGUGAUGCUCGUGGAGGUGGUGGCAACUUUGGUCCAGGACCUGGCAGCAAUUUCAGAGGGGGAGCCGGUAAGACAGAUGGAUAUGGAAGUGGCCGUGGAUUUGGUGAUGGAUAUAACGGAUAUGGCGGAGGACCUGGAGGUGGCAACUUUGGUGGCAGUCCUGGUUAUGGAGGAGGAAGAGGAGGCUAUGGUGGAGGAGGACCUGGUUAUGGCAACCAGGGUGGGGGCUAUGGAGGUGGUUAUGACAACUAUGGAGGAGGCAAUUAUGGAAGUGGAAACUAUAAUGAUUUUGGCAACUACAACCAACAACCUUCAAAUUAUGGUCCGAUGAAGAGUGGAAAUUUUGGUGGCAGCAGGAACAUGGGGGGACCAUAUGGUGGAGGAAACUAUGGUCCCGGGGGCAGUGGAGGCAGUGGUGGAUAUGGAGGGAGGAGCCGUUACUGAGUUUCUUCAAGCAUGCCAUGGGCUUCACUGUAUAAAUAGGAGAGGAUGAGAGCCCAGAGGUAACAGAACAGCUUCAGGUUAUCGAAAUAACAAUGUUAAGGAAACACUUAUCUCAGUCAUGCAUAAAUAUGCAGUGAUAUGGCAGAAGACACCAGAGCAGAUGCAGAGAGCCAUUUUGUGAAUGGAUUUGGAUUAUUUAAUAACAUUACCUUACUGUGGAGGAAGGAUUGUAAAAAUGCCUUUGAGACAGUUUCUUAGCUUUUUAAUUGUUGUUUCUUUCUAGUGGUCUUUGUAAGUGUAGAAGCAUUCCUUUGAUAAUGUUAAAUUUGUAAGUUUCAGGUGACAUGUGAAACCUUUUUUAAGAUUUUUCUCAAAGUUUUGAAAAGCUUUUAGCCAGGAUCAUGGUGUAAUAAGACAUAACGUUUUCCUUUUAAAAAUUUAAGUGCGUGUGUAGAGUUAAGAAGCUGUUGUACAUUUAUGAUUUUAAUAAAAUAAUUCUAAAGGAAA